CCCAAUUGCGCGAAGCAAAAAGAAGAAGAAAAGCAAGAAACGGACGGACACAACAAACAAACACCUGAGGCAAGCAAGCAAGCAACAGCAGCAAGAAGAGAAGCACGACACGUUCUUGGUGUCAGUGCCAGUCAAGCAGACACAAAGCGGUUCUUUCCGUAUGUGCGUGCGUGCUUUGAGCGCGACGAGCAAGCGAGCCCUUAACAAGUUAUGUCUGUUGCUGUAUGGGGCGCCACAGGCGCUGGACAGCUCGGCAUUGGUGAUGCAGAUGGAACGGGAAAAACGCGGGUGACGCUUGUGCCUUCCUUGGAACAGGAACUCGCUUUCGUGGCCACAGGGUAUUACCAUUCCCUGGCCAUCACCCGAAGCGGCACGGUGUACACGACGGGCAAGAACGACCGGCGGCAACUUGGCCGCAGCGGCGACGAGCACAAGUGGGCGCGCGUGACGCCUCUGGAGACCAUCACCGCCGUUGCUGGUGCUGUUGGGCUCGACUUCUCCGUGGUGGUGGACUCCACCGGCAAAGUGUACACGUGGGGCGGUGGCGAGCGCGGCCAGCUCGGACUUGGCAGGGAAGCCAUGGAGACAGGCAGCCGCGUGCCACGACCAGUCAAAGGCCUGGGCAAUGCGUUUGUGAUCAGCGUUGCCUGCGGAACGCGCCACUGCCUCGCCCUGACCCGUGACGGCCGUGUCUUCUCGUGGGGAGAGGGCGCAGACGGCCAACUCGGCGACGGGCAGUUUGUGUCCAGGCACUCGCCUGAAGUCAUUGCAGACCUCAGGGGCAAAGGGGUGGUCUCUGUGGCUGCGGGCAGCACGUACAGCCUGGCGGUGACGGGGGCAGACCAAGUGUACGCGUUUGGCAGCAACAGCAAAGGGCAGCUGGGCGUGGGUGACACCACAGCACGCUUCCGCCCAACACUCGUGCGGUUUCUCGAUGGCAAGCAGGUGUGCCAUGUCACGGCCGGCGACUUUCACACACUUGCGCGCACACGCACGGGCCAUUUGUAUGCGUGGGGGAGCAACCAGUGGGGUCAGCUUGGCCUCGGAAGUGAGGCAGACAGCGUCGCUGCGCCAACAGAGAUCACUCACAUCCUCGAGAUUGGCAGAGUGCUUGAAGUGUCUGCGGGUCGCCGCCACACGGUCGCGCUCAUUCGCACCGUCACAGAAACGGGCGCGCAAGCCACUGUUGCCGUUGCCUUUGGCGCCAACAACACGGGCCAGCUCGGCCUCGACCCAGACCACCCUGCCUCAAAGCGAACACAGCUGUUCCACCCAGUUCGACUCAAACGCAUCUCAUCCAUGCACCCCAUCAAGCUGAUCGCUGGUGGAAAUCACACCAUCAUGAUCUUUGGUGAACAACACACGCCCAUGGACACCUCAGAGGACGCGGCGAUUGAUGGCACGCCGCCGCUCAUCGAAGACGGUCUUGCCGACGGCAAUGCCGGCACUUCGACAGCGGCCAGGGCGGAACCAAACGCAGACGCACGGCCGAUGUCACGAGGCAGCAUGCAAUUUCUUCCCAAGACGUCGCCCAUGCUGCGAAGAAAGCGGAGCUUCCCGCCCGUCAAGCCAGACCAGCACACCCCGCACAGGGCGUGUGCGCCUGCGCUGUGCUAUCUGGAUCCGUUUCGGAUUGAGAAGCUCCAGGCCACGUCCACGAGCGCCCUCAUCACACAGAUUGAGCUGUUCUUCUCCUCGCCGGCCUGCCUCAACGCCGCUUUUGUCCAUUACGAGCGGAUUGCUGCGCGCCACCCGCGCUCCGCCCGUCCCAUCAUCAACAUGGAACUUGUUCGUCUGACAUAUGAGGCGUUGAUGCGCGCGCCAGACGAGUGCAUGACAGCGGUUGAACGCAGCAUUCGGUCACUGGUAUUGCAGGUCAAGCAGAACAACCUGACCGUUGCAGCCGACUUCGCUUUCGUGCUCGUAUUGUUCGAGUUUCCCUUCCUUUUGCAGGCCAGCCAGUGCUCGACGAUCCUUGGUGCUCUUGUGCAGUUCCUGGCGCCGCUGCCAGACGACAUCAAGCCCGCUAUCAUGGAGAUGUACAAAGAUGUUGCAGAUUCCUUCUUCUUCAGAGCAGUCAAGGUGCUGCAAAACUACCUCACGCUGCUGGAGACAACACCGUCGUCCGUGGAGUCGCGUCUGUUCACGGCGAUGACGCUGUCGUGGAUGCAUGCAGGCAACGAGCGCCUGUCCAUCAUUCGCUACGACACUUUCUACAACGAGACGAUUGGGUCGACCAAGGAGAAGAUGGCUGCGUUGAUUCAGUGGAUGCGUGCGCCUUCGAAUGUGUUCUCCUACUGCAUGUUUCCCUUCCUCCUCACGCCCGCGGUCAAAGCAGACCUUCUUCACGACGGCAACAUUGCCAUGAUGGCAAACCAGCUCGCUGUGCACGCCCUCAUGUCCGGGCAACUCACGUUCUUGAAACUGACCAUCCGCCGCACACAUGUGUACGAGGACACGAUGAAGCAGCUGAACGAAAUCCCGAUGCGGGCAUGGACUCUUCCACUUCGUGUGCACUUUGAGGGCGAAGAAGGCGUCGAUGAAGGCGGCCUGGUGAAGGAAUACUUCCAGCUCAUUCUGCCCAAGAUCAUCUCGCGGGCAUUCCGCCCCCUCGCGCGAGACGGUGUGCGCUGGUUCUGGUUCUCCACACCCACAGCAGAACGCCUCAAGGCGUACCAUGCCAUGGGGUUGCUGUUUGGGCUGGCGCUCCACAACUCUGUGCUGGUGGACCCACUCUUCCCCAAGGUGUUUUACAAGAUGCUCCUCGUUGAUCUCAGCAAAGGGGAUGCGUUGACAUUGGACGAUCUGGAGACGGCUGCGCCGGAAGUUGCGCGUGGAUUGCGACAGCUGCUCGAGUACGACCGACAGGACGAGCGAGAUGUGUUUGGGCUCACGUUUGAGAUCACCGUUGAGGAGGAGGUGGAGGAAGAGGAGGAACAGAGACGAGAGGAGGAAGAAACUGAAACGCGUUCCAAAGGCGGAAACAACGGUGGUGGCUCUGCUGAUGCGGGCUCAGAGAAGGCCAUGGAUACGAGUGAAGGGGAGGCAACGGAACAGCAAGACGAUGGCAGCGCGAAGAUGGAUGGUGAACGCGCCGGUGAUGAGGGUGCUGGCGAGAUGAACACCGCUGAGACGCCGCCACCGGACAAGGAGAGCUCCGACGAGCAGAAACCAAACGGCACUCAAGAAACGUCAUCGUCGUCAACGAGUCAAACGCCAUCCUCAACAACGCCCACGCCGACCCCCUCAGCGAGCAAGCCGCGAAAGAUGCGAACAAAGCUUGUCACCCACCCCCUGAAGGAGGGCGGGGAGGACAUUCCGGUCACCUUUUUCAACAAGGAGGAGUAUGUGCGCCUGUAUGUCAACUACUAUCUUUACGAGCGCUGUGCCCCGUCCUUUGAUGCCUUCAAGCAAGGCUUCCUGACUGUCUGCCAGGGUACAAGAGCGCUGCGCAUGCUGCGACCGGAGGAACUUGAAGUGAUUCUGUGCGGAAAUCCCGAGUGGAACUUGCAAGAUGUGGAGAAGGUGGCGAAAUACGUCAACUUCAGCCCAGACGACGAUGUCAUCAAGUGGUUCUGGGAGGUCGUACACGAACUGCCUGGACAGAUGAAGAAGCGAUUUCUCGCCUUCUUGACGGGCAGCACUCGGGUUCCUGUUCGCGGCGCCUCUGCCAUUCAGAUCAUCAUCCAAAAGGCCGGCACCGACGAGACGAGGCUGCCGGCUGCGCACACCUGCUACAACGUACUCGACCUCCCCGUGUACACCUCGAAAGAGCGUCUCAAAGAGAAACUGCUGCAGGCGAUCCAGGAAACAGAGGGCUUUUCCCUUGUCUGACCUUUCCAACUCAGUGUGUGUGUGUGUGUGUGUGUGUGGUGAUGGUGGUGGUGGUGUUGUUGUUUCUUCUUUUGCACAUAACUACGAGCAUGGUAUUCCGUCUGGUGUUAAUUGUAAACCACACUGCAUGCCAUGGCAUCCUAAGGAACGACACCAACGACUAUUGAGCUUGCUCGCUUGAAGCCUGGUCAGCAUGCACGGCCCCAAACACACAAAAACACAAAACGUAAACACGGACGGCACUUGCAUGGGAAAACUAACACCAUUCCUCAG